UUGUCCUAUUUGGCGAUGGUCGAUUUGAUUUGAUGGGGCAUUCAGCAAAAUAUGGCACUCACAUGAUGUAUUGUGACAAUAUAAAAAAAAUAAUACACUUUGAAUUGGUUCAGGUAAUGGAAAACUCAUAAACCAUUUCUUCUAUCAAUCUAAUUUAUUUGUAAGUGACUUGUUACAGAAAGCCCAAACUUAUCAAUUUCCUUUCUUUAUUUCGAAAGAUUUGGUACAUGCCACAUGAAAAAAGCCAAACAGAUAGAAACUUAAUUUUUAAAGUAAGUUAAUAAAAAAGAUUGUUUUCAAAUGGAAUCAAAUAUCUAGCAUUAAAAAAUCAUUAAUAAGGUCAAAUAUCAAGUCUUGUGUCUAUUUGUAGACAAAAUUAAAUACUGUUGUUAUAAGUCAUCAACCAUAAACUUGUAUCUUCAUAUUUGUGUGUUUAAUAACCUGACAUCAAUUUCAACUUUGAAUUAAACUGAUGUACAUUUUCACCCUCUUUAUUUUAUUUCCUGUAUAUUCAAAUGAAUGCAAAGGUAGUUCCAAUAUGGAGUUGCUUGGUGCUAAGCGAUGUUUAGGCUACCUAAAUGAUGCCGGGAUAGAGGUCUCCAAUUUUAUAUCAGACAGACACAGAGGAGUGGCCAAAUGGAUAAGGGAGUCUUUACCACAUGUCCAUCAUUAUUAUGAUAUUUGGCAUGUUGCACGCACCUUAACCAAGAAGGUAACAAUAGCUAGCAAGAGGAGAAAUUGUGAGAUAUUGGGUACCUGGUGUUCAGCAAUCCGCAACCACCUCUACUGGUGUGCAACAUCGACAAAGGAAGGUUUUGGGAAACUCAUUGUCGCAAAAUGGAAGGCUUUCUCAAAUCACAUCCAGAACAAGCACAACAACCACGAAGACAAACUGUUUCAGAGGUUUGCACAUGGAGAACUAGAUCAUAAACGUAGAUGGAUUCUCAAUGGAACUACUGCAUAUGACAAGAUCCAGCCAAUUCUAAUGAAUCAAAGCCUUCUACAAGACAUUGCAAAACUGUCAUCAAAUGCACAAACCAGCUGUCUCGAGGGUUACCACUCUACACUGAACCAAUGGCACCCAAAGAUGACACAUUACUCCUGGAUUGGCUCUCUGUGCAGGCAUAUAAUGGCAGUUUCACAUUUCAACGAAAACCUGCACAGGGAAGCACAAAAAGACAAAAAUGGAAAGGAAUAUUUCAAAGUUUCUUAUCCUAAAUAUAAACUUGGCGAAGAAGCAGUAAAACCUGUUCCAGUCCCUCCAUCUUACAAUUACGUUGAGCAUAAAAAAAGAACUUUUAUUUAAAUCAAACGAAGAAGAACUUGGCCAGAUUUGGUAUGCUGAUUAAAUGCCUGCAUCCUUGGUGAGCAGAUUUGAAAGAACAAAAAGUAAGAAAGAGGCUGUAAAAGAAUAUAAAAAAGGAGAACACUAUUUCAACCACUAUACCCUUCAGGUAAUAUACUUAAUUUAAACAGAGGCCAGAAAAUAACGUUUCAUUUGCAUUUUCAUUUAAAGU